UAAUACGUCGGACUUCUCUCUCUCUCUCUCUCUCUAAUGGAGCUUCUCGUGUUACUUUAUGCUCUUGCCACCUUGUACUUCCUGUUAAUGGUCUGGAAGUGGGUAGGUGCAAAAAGAGAUCAAGAAUGUUACAUUUUGGACUACCAAUGCUAUAAGCCUACUGACGACAGAAUGCUAAGCACGAAGUUCUGUGGGGAGGUCAUCAAGAGGACAAAGAAUCUUGGUCUCCUUGAGUACAAGUUCCUCCUAAGAGCCAUUGUGAGCGCCGGUCUUGGCGAGCAAACCUACGCACCAAGGAUCAUGUUCUCCGGCAGGGAAGACAAUCCCACACUGUUGGAUGGGAUCUCGGAAAUGGAGGAGUUUUUCGAGGACUGCAUUGCAAAUCUCUUGUCCAGGUCAGGCGUUUCUCCCUCGGAAAUCGAUGUACUUGUCGUUAACGUGGCCAUGCUCUCCCCGGUUCCCUCUUUAAGUGCUAGGAUUAUCAACCGCUACAAAAUGAGGGAUGACAUUAAGGUGUUUAAUCUCACUGCAAUGGGUUGCAGUGCCAGCCUUAUUUCAGUUGACAUAGUCAAAAACCUCUUCAAGUCCUACAAGAAUUUGUUUGCACUUGUUGUGACUUCUGAAUCUUUGAGUCCGAACUGGUAUUCAGGUAAUGAUAGAUCAAUGAUUCUUACAAACUGUUUGUUCCGUUCUGGUGGGUCUGCAAUCCUUUUGACUAACAAAAGGGCAAUGAAAAACCGAGCCAUGUUCAGAUUAAAGUGCCUAGUUAGGACACACCAUGGGGCUAGAGAUGAGUCUUACGGUUGUUGCAUGCAAAAGGAAGAUGAACAAGGUAGGCUGGGAAUAUACCUUGGCAAGACUCUCCCAAAAGCUGCUACACGUGCUCUUGCCGAUAACCUGAGACAGAUAUCACCCAAGAUCUUACCGGUGCGGGAACUGGUAAGAUUUGUGGUUGUGACCCUUGCCCGGAAAAUGAAUCGAAGCUCCUCCAAAAAGACUGCUGGGGGACCAAAAACGGAGGUGAACUUUAAGACUGGUGUCGACCAUUUUUGCCUGCACACGGGUGGGAAGGCUGUCAUAGAUGGCAUCGGGAUGAGUCUUAAUCUUAGCGAGUAUGAUGUAGAGCCGGCCAGGAUGACACUGCAUCGGUUUGGGAACACAUCGGCGAGCAGCAUUUGGUAUGUGUUGGGGUACAUGGAGGCCAAAAAAAGGCUCAAAAAGGGUGAUAAAGUAUUCAUGAUAAGCUUUGGUGCAGGAUUCAAAUGCAAUAGCAGUCUGUGGGAGGUAAUGAGGGAUUUGGGCGAUGGAAAUGUGUGGAAGGACUGCAUUGAUAUGUACCCUGCAGUGAAGUCUUCGGACAACCCUUUUAUGGAGAAGUAUGGUUGGAUCAACCAGGAGGAUCCAAGCACCUUCCAAGUCCCUGAAUUUAUAUAAAUUAAGCACGCAUGCGAGCAGCCUAAAAACAGUAAUCAUUAUUUUUCUGAGCACCAUAAUAAUAAGAAGUUAUUGCCGAAAUCCUAUAUGUACUGCUACGUAGGUACGAAUAGUUUAAGAUAUAAUUACUCUUUAAUUUGUUUGA